AUGGCCUACGAUACCUUGCAAAAGUCGCGCAUUCUUAUAACGAUUCUGAGCAGCACUGGUGUUUUAACAAACGAGAAGCUGCAUCAUCGUAAUCUACCAAAAAUGUCACCCAUUUAUUACAAAUUAAUGCUACACAUACCACUGACGUUUACCUUCACCCUGCUCAUGUGGUUGGAUGUUCUAUUUAGUUCGGAUUUAAAUCAGGCCACUGAUAUACUUUACAUGGUCUUAACGGAAACGGCACUGGUGGUGAAGAUACUUAGCGUCUGGUACCAUGAUGCAUUGGUCAAAUCCUUGUUUAAUGAAUGGCAACAAAAUGAAAUGUUCAAGUUGCAAACAACACAAGAAUCUGUCAUGUGGCAGCGUACGUUUAAAUUGUAUGGUAUUGUGGCAUUCGUUUAUAUAGCGGGCAGCCUGAGUGUUGUGUGUUCCUCUUUCACAGCUGUGCUAUUUCUCAACGUAUACCGAUUGCCAUAUUCCUAUUGGACGCCAUUUAAUUGGAAACAUCCGUUAAAGUAUUGGUAUGCUUACUGUUAUGAAUUCAUUGCCAUGCCGUUGACAUGUAUUUGCAAUUGUACAUUGGACAUGUUUCAUUGUUAUAUGAUGCAGCAUUUGGCUUUGUACUUUAAGUUGAUAGCCAUGCGUUUGGAGAAUUUGGGCACUAACAAGGACGAAACGAAUGCUGGUGUUACCCAAAAGCUGUUGAGAAUAAUUGAAUUUCAUCUUAAAUUAAAAAGCAUGUCCAAAUCAUGUGAAGCCGUUGUCUCCUUUCCCAUUUUGGCUCAAAUUUUAUUGAGUGCAUUUGUAUUGUGUUUUAGCCUGUAUCGUUUGCAGAACAUCAAUUUCAUAGAUGAUCCAGUUACCUUUUUCUCAUUGAUCCAGUAUGCUGUAGUUAUGAAUCUACAGAUCUUUUUGCCCUGCUAUUAUGCCAACGAAUUGACCAUAGAAUCUUCUCGCCUUGUGAAUGGAAUUUACAAUUGUAACUGGCAAGAGAUGUCGCCGUACAAUCGUAAAAUUGUUUUUAUGUACAUGCAAUAUCUACAGAAACCUGUAGUCUUAAAAGCUGGUAACUUUUUUAAUGUCGGCUUACCAAUUUAUGCAAAGGUCAUGAAUAAUGCUUAUAGUUUUUUUGCUUUAUUACUUAAUAUGGAUGUUGAGUAA